AUGAAGGAGAUAUAUCUGGCCGGUGCCGCUGCGGCCUUCACAGUCGACGUGCUCAUAUAUCCUCUCGACACAUUAAAAACACGGCAUCAAAGCCAGGACUUCAUAAAAUCUUCCGUUUCAAAACCCCUCGCUCUACGGGGUCUCUACCAAGGCAUCGGUAGCGUGAUACUUGCCACUCUACCAGCAGCCGGUGUAUUCUUUUCAACAUAUGAGACUGCAAAAGGCGUCUUCGGGCGGCAUCUCCCCGUUCCCGAGCCAGUAACCCAUUCCCUCGCCUCAGCAGUCGCCGAGAUGGCCUCGUGCCUCAUUUUAACGCCAGGCGAAGUCAUCAAGCAAAAUGCUCAAAUGCUACAAGCCAAGGAAGCAAGUACAUCGACGUCGUUGAUGGCAUUCCGCCGCCUGCUGACGACUGGUUCCGCGAGUGGGCUGUUCACAGGGUAUUCAGCCCUGGUUGCACGUAACCUACCCUUCACGGCGCUUCAAUUUCCCCUGUUUGAGAAUCUACGGAAACGUCUAUGGGAUCGAAGAUUAAGUUCAAGAGAGGAUCAGGCAAGAGGUGUUGGAGAAACGGGGUUGAUUGCCGGAGCCAGUGCAGGAAUGGCUGGAGGUCUGGCUGCGUUUGUGACCACGCCGAGCGAUGUGAUUAAAACACGGAUGAUGGUGAGAGCUGAUAGCGAGCACGAUCAGACUAAAUCGGAGCAACGGCAUAGAAGAAUACCUUUCACCAAGACUGUCAAGGACGUCUGGCGUGAGAGGGGGGUCCGGGGUUUCUUCCGUGGAGGAGCAUUUCGCUCUGCUUGGACGGCGGUGGGCAGUGGUUUGUAUCUGGGCAUGUAUGAUGCCGCAAAGCUAUGGCUCGAGAGGAGGCCGUAA